CCGCCGUUUCAUUUUCGUCCCUCUUAGCUUUCCUCUUUACCCCCGUCCGUUUGGCCCCUCUGUGGAGGGUUGUCCCCUCCAACUCUAACGUCUUGUUGCGGCCUUGAGCCAGCGCUGGGCGUCCGUACGAGACUCGAGUGCGGUAGACAUCGCGGCUUGCAUGCCAUCCACCAUGUCCGGCUUCACCAUCAGACCGCGACAAGUUGAGAUAAGGGCACCUACUCCCCGUAGUCGUUCACGCAGUAGUUCUCGGAGUCCAUCAACGUUACGCUCGAUCGACCUGGACUUCGAAACGCUGUGCGAGCGUGCGUCAAUGCGCGCAUCGCAGUAUGAGUCGCAGAUCAAGGAGCUUGAGUCGAAGCUGUCGGAGGAGCUGGGAAACUUCCGUGCACUGGAUCAACUCUUGCGGGAUACAAAGGCGACAUUGCAGGUUACAACCACUAGGACCGAUCAUGCUCUACAGAUCCAUGCUCCCUACAUUCAAGCUACCCUCGAUGACGCUCUGGACGCUCUCACAGAGCUUUCGGAGCGGCUUCCUAUCAUACGAGAUCAGGUCCACCAGAUUCGCAUGGUGUAUGAUGCCGGUCGCCGAAAGGCCAUUGAAUUGGUAUCUGCACUCGCCUUCCUCAAUAUGCCGAUGCCGGCUCGUUACGCGUCCAUCAUCUUUACCCCCUAUGCACCUGUCUCACGGAAGAAGAAAAUCUUGGCCAGGACAGUCGCAUGCUGCUGUCUCGUGCUUUCUUCUUGGCUGGCUUGGAUAGUGCUUGCUGGAGCAAUCCGCGCUCACCGCCAUCGUCUCGUUUGGGGCGAGCGACUUAUGUCCUGACCCAUUGAGAGAUGUAUGAGGAGGCAAGGCGCGCACUUCGGCGGAAGUGGAGGCGCUGGAAACGGACCGAGCACGACAAUUGAGCAACUGUGGCUCCUGCCUUACUUACCCGCCUCGACUCUGAGAGUCUGAUUCACAUCUCACGGACCUUGCAACUGGUUGGAUGGAAGUAACAUAUUACUGUAUGUAUGUGUAUGAUAGCUAGACAAC